GGAAUCAGGCAGCGAGCGGCGGACGGGGGAGUUCCAGCGCGUGGCGUCCUCUCAGCGAGACGCCACCGGAGUUGCUCUCUCAGAGAGAUUCCUUGAACCAUCUGCAGUCGUAUUAUUCUCUGAAGAGGGUGCAUUGAUUGCCAGUUUGCUCUCAGUAUGACACCUGUCAAUGUAGCUCUAAUCCGUGAUACCAAGUGGCUGACUUUAGAAGUUUGUAGAGAAUUUCAGAGAGGAACUUGCUCUCGAGCUGACACAGAGUGCAGGUUUGCCCAUCCGCCAAGAGUUUGCCAUGUGGAAAAUGGCCGAGUGGUGGCCUGUUUUGAUUCACUAAAGGGUCGGUGCACUCGUGAGAACUGCAAGUACCUACACCCUCCACCCCAUCUGAAGUCGCAGCUGGAAAUUAAUGGGAGAAACAAUCUGAUUCAACAGAAGACUGCCGCAGCCAUGUUCGCCCAGCAGAUGCAGCUUAUGCUCCAAAACGCUCAGAUGUCAUCUCUUGCAUCCUUUCCUAUGAAUCCAUCACUUGCAGCUAAUCCUGCUAUGGCUUUCAAUCCUUACAUGCCUCAUCCUGGGAUGGGCCUGGUUCCUGCUGAGCUUUUACCAAAUGGUCCGGUUCUGAUUUCUGGAAACCCACCUCUUGCACUGUCAGGAGUUCCUGGUCCAAAACCACCUCGUACAGAUAGACUGGAGGUUUGCCGUGAAUUUCAGCGUGGAAAUUGCACCCGUGGGGAGAGUGAGUGCCGCUAUGCUCACCCUACAGAUGUUUCCAUGAUUGAAGUCACUGAUAAUACUGUGACAAUCUGCAUGGAUUACAUUAAAGGCCGAUGCUCCCGGGAGAAAUGCAAGUACUUUCAUCCUCCACCCCACUUGCAGGCCAAACUCAGGGCAGCUCAUCACCAGAUGAACCAUUUGGCUGCCAAUGCAAUGGCCCUGCAGCCUGGUGCACUUCAACUGAUACCAAAGAGGUCAGCCCUUGACAAGGCCAAUGGUGCCACUCCAGUCUUUAACCCCAGUGUUUUCCACUGCCAACAGGCUCUGGCUAACAUGCAGAUUCCGCAGCCGACUUUUAUCCCGACAGGGCCAAUACUGUGCAUGACUCCUGCUUCAACUUUUGUGCCCAUGAUGCACAGUGCUACACCUUCCACUGUGUCUGCAGCAACACCACCUGCCAGCAACGUUCCCUACGUUCCAACAACUUCAGGCAACCAGUUGAAAUAUUGAGCAGCAGAGUUACAGAGUAUCAGAAUCUCUCAACAAGAAACUCCAUGUGGCCUUUUUAUAUGUAUUCUCGUAUGUCCUCUUGUACCAACACAAUGAUAAGCAUGGUGCAGUCAAUAUAUUAAAGCACAUAUACCUGUUGGCAAGUUCAAAUUUUAAAAAUCUCUGGAGAUGUUAAAGCAAAUAGAAAAUUAACCACUGUGUAUUACCUUAUAUGGGUUAAUUGUAUAUGAAUUAGCAUACAGAAUACAACCAUACGGCUUUGUUAUGUACAUGAAUGAUCAGAUCCAUAUUACACGAAUUUCCAUCUGAUAUGAAUUACCAUAUUGAAUAUAACCAUACAAUUUUGUGACUUUUUUCCAGUAAUGAUUUAUGCUAAAUGAACGUCCACAGUGUACUGUAGGCUUACUGUAUACUCUUGGUGGAUAAAUUCUGUUUGUGAAGUGUUACCUUACUAUUUUGUUUACAAGAUAGUCUGUAGGAUUGAUGUAGAAUGUAACUGAUAUUUCCCAUACCAUUUUCCUCCAUUGGUAUAUUGUAUUAAAUUGGGUUCUGCUUAGCUUCUCCAUGCUAUAGUGUUUUCUUUUUUAUACAUGGUGUUUGAUUUCAAUUAGAAUGUCGUAAGUGGGGAACAGAACUAUAUGUGAUUGGAAAUAUAACAGGUUCAUGGUAAUAUGCCCUCUUUAAAACAUUUCUGUAAAAUUUUUGGAGACAUACAUUUGAAAGGCCUCACUUCUGAGUAUGCACAAAAUCUGCUCAUAUAUAGAAUUUUACCUGUAGAUCUGACCUUGCAUAGUUAAUAAUAUACUAAAUUUUUAAAAGAGAAAAAUACUUCCUUACAUGUGAUAGGAAAGUUCAAAUGUUAACCUUAACCAUUCCUCUUAAAUAAUUUGAGAAUUCAAGUGUUCACAUUCCAAUAAAUUUCUUAGCAUGCAUAAAAAUUAUGGAGAGUAGCCAUCAAAUUUAUUGUGUUACAGGAAUCCUAUCUCUCAACUUGAGUGUUUAAAUUUGAGCCAUUUGUCAUCUUCAGCUGAGAAACUGGUACUUACUAGUUUAAAGGUAUGCUAAUCACAGGUUGAAAAUCAAGCAGAGAGAUGUGGGCGUGGAGACAGUUUUUAUGUACUGGCAGAAAGUGUGUAAAACCUUUGCAUUGUAACCUUUUGCACAAAUGCUGUUUUCCAAAUGCAAAUGGCUCAUGCUCUUUUGACUGUUCUUUGAAUAAUAAGUAAGAUGCAGUCUAGCAAAAGUCAGUCCAGGUGAAAGAAAAUUGUUUCCAAAUGAGGCCUUGCCUCCCCAAAUGGACCAUCUUUUCUAUUGAUCACAGAAGGAGGCUGAGUAUAAGUUUAGAGAAAUGGCAGGAAUGGGGGCAGGGGGAGAUUUAAAAUGACUUGGAAUGUGCAAAAGAACUAGAAAAGGUUUCUGAAAUUGUCUUUCAGUUUAGUUUAGCUGAGUUUCCAGUUUUUCUAAGAGCAGCAGUGAGGUAGCAAGCAUUUGUGCUAAAUUGACGAGGGUUUCUCUGGUAAAACUUUAACAUCAGAGGGUUGUAGAGGGUCGGGGGUGGGGGCGGGGGGAGUGAUGAUGUACUCAGUUUUGUUUCAGAACCAAACACAUUUUUGUCACAUCUGAACUUACUUGCCUUUGUGUGUAUUUCAAAAUUAGUUUUAGCAUCCUUUGGUUAAUAGGGAAUAGCAAUAGCCCAUGGUAGUGUGAUAGGAAUUCUUCUUCUUAGGAAAUAUAGUAAUCCAUCUAUUUCUGUGACAUAUAGUGUACCUCUUCUACUCUACAAAGUUAUUAACAUUACUGUUGUUAUAAGAGGGAGGAAACUUAUUUUCCAAAAGCCUAAGUAAAUUGAAUAUUUUGUACUCAAUAUAUAUUCUCCCACUGGAAAGCAUAAAAUCAAAUUUUUGUAUGUAUAACAGUUGUUUUUCUUCGUGAAAAUCACAAGGAAAUAGAAAUUAUUUGGGAUACCGUAAAACAGAUAGUUGGAUUGAUUUGCAGAACAGUGGCAUUGGCAAAGACAUUACUGCCUUUUCCACAGUUGAUGAAACAAAGAGGCAGACUGUGUGACUUGCCUGAGGCUGCCUAGCCAUUGUGGGAACCAAUUGUUCUCUCCUUUUACAUCUUUGUUUGAAACAUUUGAAACUCCUACUCAAAGCAGAUCAGAGUGGCUCAGAAUUUAAAAAAACAAAAAAACAAAAAACAAAAUUACUUCUGGAGGUUGGUAUCCUCUUGAUCUUAAUUAUCCAGGUGAAUCCUGGUUACCAAUGAUUUCUAAAUAGUCUUGUUUUUAUAUUGGGCCUCUGCCCUUUGUUAAAUAUUGCCUGAAAUUAAGAGAUUGAGAGUUGUCUGUUUGUGGAAUCUUUGAACCACUAUAUUUCUGUUUUCUAACAUCGUAAUUCUAGGAAGAAUGUACCUGUGCUAGUCUAGACGUAGUUACUAAUGGAUAUGGGACUGUUUUGUGCAAAAUGAUUUUUUUGUAGUUUGGCAGUUUGGUGCAACAUACUAUCUCAUUUAAUUUCUUAAACUUUUGACCAAGAUAUAUGUAGAUGGUAAACUUAGAGUAGAGUUGUUCUCAUGUUGCUCUAAGCACUGGAAGAUAUUAAUGUUGACUUAUAUAGGAGGAGAUUCAGUGGGGAACAUUCAGGGUAGUUGUCUUUUUGGUGUGAUGAGUUUCUAAAAUAUGAGUGUUAGCAUUUUAAAAGUUGCAAUGUACAUGAAGUUUAAGAAAGCAAGCUCAAAACUCGAACAUUUUGAUCAAACUUAAUGGAGUUUUGAGGAAAAUGAAACUUUAAGAUGGCACUCUAGUUGUGCAAUGACUAAUGACCUUAUUGAAGAGAAGACAAGUCAUUUGACUAUAAAUGAGUUAACAAGACCAGUCACAACCAAUCAGUGACUCUAAACAAAAAUUUACCCAAUUAUUUGUAUAUAAACCAAAUUCUAAUCAGUUGUGAUUUCUAGUUAGCAUUUUUUUAGUCUUUGUGUUUUACCAUGGCCUGUUUUUAUUUCUCCAAAAUUAUCGGCUUUGUCCAUCUUCUCAGCCUUUUGCCAAAUUUUGCAAGAACAGUGAAACUUGGAUAAAAUGUGUCAAAUCUACAAAUAAGCAAUCUAAACUUGUCAUUUAAGAAGAGGUUAGUUUCAGAUUUUACAAACACCACUAUGAGACCGCAAUGAGCAGAGACUAGAAUUAAAUCGAAUGGAUUCAUUCAAUUGCUAUUUCAAUAGUGGUUACUUUUGAAAUUGGAGCAUGAAUCCACACCUAGCUGUUGCUUUUCAUUUGACUUUUCUAGAUUAAUCUUCAAUUUUCAUCUAGUCAUGAAAGCAGUCGGCUUGCUAUUCCAUCAGUCUUGCUUGCCUGCCUUCUCUGAGCAUCCUAAAACACUUUGAUCUUGCCAGAAGUGUUGUCCUAUGCCACUCAGCUGUGUCCACUCAUAGAACCCUCAACUCCCCUGAUCUCCAGCUCAGGAAGAAACCAGUACCUGCUCCCAACUCUCAGCAGGAACCAAAUGAACUUAGUGUUUUGUACUUGGGUUCACUUUAAACAGCACACGCAGUGAGACAGUGCUAUGUAAAGAAGGGACGGCAGCUAGAGUGCAUUGUAGGAAAUGAAAGAGGCAGCUGAGGCCACUCAUGUGCUACUUGGAAUGCCAGUUGGUUCUCUUCCUUGUCUCUGAGUGUUGGUAAGGAUGCCCUUAGGCAAAAUGCAGCAGAGGGUUUGUAAGAUCUGGCAGUCUGGGAUAGGCUGUGGCAUGCAGAAUGAUUAGUAACAUACUUCUUUCUCCACCUUUAAAAAAAAAAAAAGCUCUUCUACAUUUCACUGAAAUGGAAAUAAGUAAAAUUGGGGGGAUCUGAUUUGAUUUGAUUCAUUUGAUGGAUUUGAUUCCAAGUUUUGAUUUGUAGAUUUAAUAAGAUAGUGGCCUUAUUUUACCAGAGCCUGUCAGAGGUAGUAGAAUAAAAUAGUAGAUAAGAGAGUUUAGCUUUUUUUUUUUUGAAAGUUUAGCAGAUAGUCUAAACAAACUGUAAAUGUAAUUACAAAUACAGGCUCUGAGUACCAAGUUACUAAUUGGUGCCAUGUUUUUGUUUUCUUAUUGUUAGUUUUUAAGGUUUUAAUUGUACUACAUUUUUAUAUCUAAGUAACCAAUGAGUUUAAUUUUGAAGGAGAGUUAGAGAAAGUUUAAGUUUUUACCACAUAUAUUCAGACCAUCUCUGUAGGCUCUAAACUGACACCAUAGCAUGAUUCAAUAUAGAUACAGUCUUUAACCACCCUCUACAAUUCACAGUUCAAGAACAAAUUUGGCAUUGUACGCAAAUGAUAGAUGUCAGCUAAAUAUAUUUAGCUCUUGCUUCGGCAAUAAAACUACAACAUAGCUACCUUUAGACAUUUAUACAUGUAAAACUUUUCUGUGUAAGCUAUAUGUGGUUCAUGAUAUUACAAACAAUAUUGAAGAUACAGGUCAAACUUCAGAAAACUGAUGAUGUUUUUGAAGCCCUGUGUUCCAUAUGAAAGCUGAAUUUGUAUCCUCAUGUAGCUUUUGAUUUUAAAAAAAAGUUUAUAACACAUGGAUUCUAGAAUCGGGCUUUAUAGUUUAAAGAAUUUGUUGUGUUGAUAGGGUUAUUCUACAGUAUUUUGACAUCAGGACAAGCUUGACGUAGAUAUUACCUGGCCUUUUUUCCGCAACUUAAUUCAAAAUUAUCUAUUCAUGUAGUAUAUGUAGUUAUAAAAAGAUUCUUUUUUUUCUGGAUUUAUUCACAAAAGCUCUAUGUGAGGAUUAAAGCAUAAGUAAACGUUUUGAGAUUAACUCAUGUUUGUGAAGCCACACAUAAAAAUACUAUAGAAGGGCCCCUGAACAGUGUUUAAGAGACAUAUGCUGCAGUUGCCUGACUGUCUCAGUUAGGGUGCGAAUGUGUGAGACCCACCUUUUUUUUUUUUUUUUGCACUUAUGUACAUAGUCCAUGAAAGCAAUCCUUGGAGCUUUUGACAAUAGAAGAAGUCUGGUAAUAGAGGAAAGUUAGUGAGAGUGCUUUCUGAGGCUCUAAGAAUUAGCAGAAGCAUAGUGUUGCAGUUCUGUUGUGAAGGCUUGCUUGAGUUGCUAUAGCUCACCAGAAGCUCAGACUGCUAACAAAUGCCAGAUCCUCCUAACAGCACUGAGUGAGAAUACAAAGCACUUGUUUUCGUACAGCUACUAGCAAAAAUGAUUUGCUUUUUGAAUUAUCUCCCACUGUAAACACACACACACACACACACACACACACACGCCCAUACUUGUACCACAUAAUGGAUAAGGUCCCCAGUAAAGAUUUUCUUUUUUCCAAUUAUAGAAAGCAGAAAAACUACUCUGUACAUUACAAGCUAGUUACUCUCAAAUCUAAUUAAAACAGAUUUCAUCCUUCUUAGUUAAAACUUAUAUCAAUUAAUGUGGAUUUAAGUUAUGAACUGUUAAUGUUUUAACUAAACAGAAACGAGCCAGCCCAAAUCUUACAUAAGAUGGACACUGGAAGAUGAUGUCAAUUUAACCUACUCUGCCAGUUUUCGCUCCACCUUUGCAGAUAGGCAAGGAGCCACCUUGUUGUCCUCCAAGGCACUGAGGCUUAGCAAAGAUGGAAAUUUGAAAGGUUAAGGAGCGGAUCAUCAUUGGCACUUUGAAUCCUUCCCAUCUUGAGGCAGGUGUCUUUCACACUACAGAAGGACCCCAUCCUAGGCUAAGGGUAGUUGUUGUGAAAUGUUGCUAACUCUCUUAGAUACAUAAACUAUAUCUGUAGCCAUAGCUCAUUAGUACAGCACUUGCCUGGAUGAAUGAGGCCCUGGGUUCCAUCCUCAGGACUGCAAACAGGGAAAAAAGGGGAAGAGAGAGAGAGAGAAAGAUGGAAAACAGACCAAAGCCACAAACAACCCAAGCCUUACAUGUAUCCCAUAGCUCAGGGCCAGUUGGCUAAAAAUUACUUUUAUUUUCCCCUCAGCUCCUGAUCACUAAGUCAGUUUGUUGUAUGGCUAUACAGCAAAGACCCUGACAAUCUGAGCAGCUGUUUUUAGCCAAUAGAAAAUGUAAGUAUAUAUUCAUUUUAUAGUUAGGAAUGCCCACUUCAGCCUUAUUAACCCCAUAAUUUCACUAUUUAACCAGCAUCAUUACACGGAUGUUUCCUUGGGAAUUUCUAAGUCAUAAAAAUGCAUAUAAGGACAAGAGAAAGAUGAAAUUGUGUGUGGGGUGCUGGGAAUGCAGCCCGGGGCUUUGUGUGCUAUGCAAAUGCUCUAACACCUUGGCUAGCCAGCGAUAAGAUUUUAAGUCCAGAACUAUCCAUAAAUUAGUAGGGAUGAGCCUUGAAGCUCCACAAAAGAUAGCCAAUAAAUUUAUAACACUUGGUCCCAUGCUGAAGCUUAAACGUAGUGGCUGUAUUUCAGUCAUUAAAAUAAAGGAGAGAAUUAAGUAUAAGGAGUGCAUUUAACUCGGUCUAAAAGAAAAAACUGGGAUUUAAGUUUGACAAUUUGUCAUUUAUAGCCCCUCUGCCUUGCCUGUAAGUGAAUUACCGACUGAAAUUAAAAAUCUGGAUUAUCCAAAAGAAAAUUUAUGUUUAUAGAGAGCCCUUCUUCAAUUAUACUGUACCUAAAAGAUCAAAAGUGCUUUGGUCGGAAAUAUGUUGCCACUUUGUAAAGAUACUACAGGAAUCCUCACUAGCCCUCUUUUACACUGUGUUACUUAAAAAAAAAAUACCUCUGUAGCAAGACCUGGAAGAAUUAAGUGAGCUUUUUCUCCCCGACACGUACAACCUUAAGACUCUGUCAUAGAACUGCACGGUUCCAAAGCUUUAUUUCUGUAUACAGAUGCUAUCUGUUAAUGAUGGAAACCAAAUUGUUGUCUUGCUGUGUCUUUUGUGCCUAGCAGUUGAGUGGAUGAUAUGACCAUUAUUUCAUUAGAUGCUGGGGAUAACCUUCUCAAAAUAAGUUUCUUAUUUUUACCAUAGCUGUUGCUUCAGGUAUAAAAUGAGCCAUUUGCUCCGAAAUUACACUGAUUAAAAUGAAGUCCAUUUUUAAUCAAGUGGGUAUCACACACUGUAUUGUGUAAACUAGUCCAAAUUCCAUGGCCUUAAAUGAUUUGAUUCUCCCAUCUCAGCCUCCUGAGUGACUUAUUUUGCUUUAUGAUGAUGAGCUAGGUUAUUCCUUUGUGUAAUUUUAAAAGGAUAACCUACAGCUCCAGCUAAGAAUGAUCUGGAUUGUAAAAAAUGGAAGCAUUUGUCUUGGGCAGAAAAUGGCAAUGUAAGAAUUUCUUUGCCCUGUGCAACAAUUAAAAACUUAAGUAAGGACCAAAAUAUUUUACAAGUAAAAACUGUUCACGUAGUACUUUGUCCCAAAAUGCAGUAAUUCAUUCCCUCAACUGCAGAUGUUUGGAAUUUUUCAAGUUACAGUGUUGUAUUGCUUUACUGUUUGUCUUUAGAUGUGUUCAUUAUAUAACUCAUUUUAGUAUGCUACUUUUUAUGUUUCUUUUUUAUUCUUUCAAUAAAGUUUGCAAAUUCCUU